GGGAGAGGCAGGCGUCCCGCGCAGUAGUGUUUCGACCGUCGCCCUGAGUGCACGCCGCGCCGCGCACACACACACGCACCCGCCGCAAUGAUGCGGCGUGGUUCAAUGGCUGUAGCCGGGGGCGGCGAGCCAUUAAUAGUAGUGGAGGAAAGUGGGGUUGAGGAGUCAGAGUCUCCGCUCAGAUGCCCUGCGGUGGCUCGCAUGCUCUCAGAAGAUCAGGAGUCUCCCCCUGACCCAUACCACCUGUCUCCCUGGCGAGAGACACGCAAGCAUUCUCUGCCCACUCCAGCCUGCACGAGUGGCCCAACUGCUAGCCAGGUGCGUCGAUUAUCUGAGCGAGGUGAAGGAGCCGCUAAAGAAGCUCGCGAAGCCGCAUUUUUAGCCACAUUGAGUCAGGCCCCGCCGACUCAACCUGGAGGACGAAGACAUUCCGUAGUCACAAUCUCUCGAGUGCCCCAGGCGUUAUUCGGUCGGGGACGCAGAGAAUCCAUUGCGGCUUUUCCAGCCCUCAGUCGACGCGGUUCUAUUGCAAAGAAAUGCCCGCCAGCAACAGACGCCUUAGGAAGCAGUCACAAUUUGCAGCUUGAUAUAAUGGAUGAUAUAGUACAGGCACGUAAAGUGCGUAUGCGUCUUUGGAAUACAUCAAAUGAGAAGGUAUGCGAAGUGCAACCGCUCGAUGAAAAAUCACCAAUGAGCGGUUCUGUGAGGUACACGAACCGUGGUCGCCGACAUUCCGAUUUCGUGGGAUCACCUUCAACAUUGCCCCCAAUACCUGCUCGCCGUCGUGCUUCGGAAAUGCCUCCACCACCCCCUAUUCCACCCCGUAGCGGUGCCGGAGUCAUUUGCACUGACACAGAUUUGAAACAUAUGCUAAAUGCCCUCACAUCGUCAGCUACUGAAAUCGAUCGUUGCGGAAAACCGGAGCGUUCCAGACAACUCUCCGAUAUGAGAUCCAGCAGUUUCGAUGCAUCCACAUUGCGCGAGAAACUCUCAGAUUCAGGAACUACCUGGUUCACACGUCGCCAUCAGACUCUAGCUACAAAGAAAAAGGAAAAUGAAGCAAAGAAAUUAAAAGUCACGUUUGCACCAGAUGCAAAACCGGCCCCUGGGGAUGCUGCAGCAGUUGUGUGGGAUAAGCCUUCAGGGUCAGUCGUUGAUGCCAGCGCUUUGGGUAGUGCAAUAGAAGUGUUUCUUAGAAGGACCAGCGCUACCCCUGCACCGUCUACUUCUAUUGUAAUCAAAGAAACUAAAACCAAAACUGACCCGGAAACUCGCACAAAAUUACGGGAUGCCCCGAGCACGAGCAAAGGAAAUGAAACCGAGCGCUGGUUCAUCACCAAGCCGGAAGAAGAAGAUGGCGCAGGCGGCUGCGAGGCUUCGAUAUGUUCUUCCUUAAAGGAUCUCUUCGUGUAAACCUUACACAUCUACAUGCUUAUAUCAAUUAAAUAAAUAGAUAAAUGUUCGUUUUCUAUUCGAAGGAAGUGCGCCUGUGACUAUCGUUGCACGUAUUCAUUGUACCUUUAUGAAUCUCUGAAAUCUGAAUGUGAUAGAUAGCGCGCUGGCGCCGGUCGUACCGAGUCGACUCACGACCGGCUCUAGCUCUGCGGUAAUUAUUUUUAGAGUAAAUUCUAUUUUCAUUGUAAAAAUUUUAAUAUUAGUGACUUAUUAAUGUUUAGAUAGAAAAUUGUAAGUAUUCGUGAUGAGGCGCGUAUUUUCCAAAUGGGCUGACAAGCUCGGUCUCCCCCGCGCGCUGUAUCCUGUAUCCCGCCUUGUCCCCUUCAGAAUAUGUGUAUGUAACCUGAUGUUAAUAUUUAAAAGUGUAAUAUUAUCGUAUAGCAAAUACUGUAAAAAAGGGACGUCGGGAGAAUUGUACGCUUAAUAAUCGAGGGUGACC